UUUUUUCUUCGAUAUAAAAUUCUCUUCUUCAGUUCUUCUUCUUCAAACACUCUCUUCUUCUUCUUCAAUCUUUUCUUCGAUCUAUUCUUCGUUUGUGAGUAAAGACCGCGAAUUUAAUCUGAAGGUUAAGGUGGUGUGAAAUCAGCGUUAGGGGAUGGCGAAGUACUUUGACAUUGAUGACAUACUUAUAGAGGAAGAGUUUGUACCGGUUUUAUUCCAUAAAACAGCAAACGGAGUGACUAUUGAUCCAAGUGCAGAAACAAAUUGUGCUGAACAAGGCUCUAAAGUUGAACUUCCCUUCUGGCUUGCUCAUGAGUUGCAUUUGAGGCAAGCUGUUACCAUAAACCUUCCUCCCUGUUUUGACCAAAAGACGAGGCUUGAAGUUCAGGCUGAUGCUGCAUACGUCGAUCUUAGAUCGCGAUGUCCAUACUUUUAUGAAUUUGGAUGCAAGAUAGAGCCACUGGUCACAGAUAGAACACUGGGAAUCUUGCUAUCGACUGCGUUUAAGAUCAGAUACAAAGAGGCACUGACAAAAGUAUACACAGCAGCUCACAUAACAGCUUCCAAGUACUUGUCGUUUUUAACAAAAGAAGAAACAAACUUGUAUGAAGCAGCUCACUUGUCGAUGACAGCCUUCAAGAAGUGGAGAACAGGUGGUCCUAGAUUCCAGAGAGCUUCAAUACUCGGAAGAAAACGCAAGGAUUCUAAUUAAGUUCCCUAUAACUCUUUCUUAUCAUAAUUAUCCAAUAGGGUGAUUGUAGCAUAUAACAAUCUCAAAAUGAUGUAACUGGGUAACAUACAUUUGAUUAUGGUUGAGUCAAAUUGCAAACCUUUUCGUCGCAAUAUGGAUCGAUACUUAACUUAAUUAUGUGCUCUUCAUUUAACUCAAAUUCAUAUCUAAAUGGUG